CCUGAAACCAAUUUUUAUCAAAAUGAAAAAACUCGAAGACAAAAGGUCGUUGAGAAUCUCCGGUAUGUUGAAGCUCGCGCUCACAGUGGCCACUUGCUUAGUACUUUGCUCGGUGCUUCUACUACCAUCCUCCAACAUCUUCAACCGCCGCCACAAGUCUGAUCAUACAGCCACCGAAGGUUCAAAUGAACAACCGAGGGAGAAACCUCUAGGAGGUCGGCUUCUUGCAACAGGGUUUGAUGACAAAUCUUGCUUGAGUAGGUAUCAUCAGUCGUCUUUGCGCAAGCCUUCACCAUACAAACCAUCUAGAUAUCUCGUCUCUAGGCUUAGAAGCUACGAGAUGCUUCACAAGCGUUGCGGUCCGGGCACAAAUGCUUACAAGAGAGCAACAGAGCGGCUUGGUCACAACGAGGUAAGAAGCUCUGGUGCUGAUGAAUGCCGGUACGUAGUGUGGACACCUAAGUUUGGCCUUGGAAACAGAAUACUCUCUUUGGUCUCUGUGUUCCUCUAUGCUCUCAUGACAGAUAGAGUCAUGCUUGUUGACCAAAGGAGCGAUAUAACCGACCUUUUCUGCGAGCCUUUCCCUAAUACUUCCUGGUUACUCCCUCUGGAUUUUCCAUUGACUGAUCAGAUAGACAGCUUCGACCGAGAACAUUCGCAAUGUUACGGGACGAUGUUGAAGAGCCAUGCCAUUAACUCAACUACGAUACCGUCUCAUCUUUAUAUUGAUAUUUUCCAUGAUUCCAGGGAUCAUGAUAAGAUGUUCUUCUGUGAGAAGAACCAAGCUUUCCUCGGGAGUGUCCCUUGGCUAGUGGUGAAAUCCAACCUUUACUAUGUUCCAUCUCUAUGGUUGAUCCCUAACUUUCAACCCAAGCUAAAGAAGCUAUUCCCAGAGACAGAUACCGUCUUCCACCAUUUGAGUCAGUAUCUUUUCCACCCGACAAACCAAGUUUGGGGAAUGGUCACUAGGUCCUACAACGCUUACUUGUCAAGAGCAGACGAGAUACUUGGGAUCCAAGUACGUGUGUUUGGCACGCCAGCUGGAUAUUUCAAGCACGUGAUGGACCAGAUCCUAGCAUGCACACAAGGUCAGAAACUGUUGCCUGAAUUGGGUACACCGGAGUCACAAGUCACUACUAAUACAUCGGAAACCUCAAAGGUUAAAGCUGUUCUUGUCACGUCUCUGCAUCCAGAGUAUUCUGACAGUUUAAAGAACAUGUUUUGGGAACGACCGAGUUCGACAGGAGAGAUAAUCGAAGUUUAUCAGCCAAGUGGGGAACAGGUUCAACAGACAGACACGAAGCUUCACGACCAAAAGGCCCUCGCCGAGAUCUACCUCCUAAGCCUAACUGAUAAACUUGUGACGAGCACAAGGUCUACCUUUGGAUACGUAGCUCAAGGUCUUGGAGGAAUAAGGCCAUGGAUACUCUACGAGCCAAGGAACAGCAAGGUUCCUAACCCACCGUGUGUUAAGGCCAUGUCUAUGGAGCCUUGUUCUCUUAAAGCUCCACUCUCUCUUUGUCAAACCGAGACAAUCAAAGUCACCCCUUUUGUUAAGUAUUGUGAGGAUCGGAUCACAGGGAUUAAGCUGGUUGAUGAAUUUUGAUUGUAACUCUUCAUCUUCUGUUAUGUUCAUCAUUGUUACCUAACAAAUUUCCUAAAAUCUAUAGAAAUAAUCAUCAUUGUUAUCUUUUACUUGUAAUAUUUCAAAAAUCAUAUUUCAU